AUGAAAUUAUUCAAGUCGUCCGUCAACGAUCUCUCCAUUAAUCUCGUUAAUGGAUCCGAUGUGACCAAUGCGUUUCUUGAUGCUUACGGUUCCGAAUCUACCAAGCAUACAAAUUGUGAACACCCGCACCUUCUGAAUCUCACAGCCAAUGAAGUGUGUUACAAAGCUGAUGAUUUCAACAGCUCUCCCUACUUAUGCAGCCUAUAUUUCGAUUCAUAUGAUUAUCUUACCGACAAACACUGCAAGGUUUACCUCUCCUGGGCCAUCUACCUGCCAUGGACAUUCUGGGAUCUACUCAACAAAUUAUAUGAUUCCUUCUGCACUAUUACUUGUGCAGACUGGGGAUGCCGUGGAUGUCUCAGAGGAGACAAGUGCAAGAGUGGCAAGCAUGGUGUCGUCGAGGAUGAGAAGAAAGAUGUUACUUGCCAGUGUGAAUCAAUGGUCAAAUGCAGAGGCGUGGCACCGACGCUCUACCAGUAUGGAUUCAGCUUCGGCGAGGCGUCGACGUUGAAUGGUGGUAGCACAAGAAAGAAGUGUAAGGAUUUCUGCACUCAAUUAUAUAAGGUGUUACAUUCUGAUUAUUUUGAUAAGCUGUUCAAGGAGUGCGACAAUUUCCUAUGGAAAAUCAGGGAACCUUUCAUCUGGAUAUUGUUGUCCCUCUGGUCGCUCUCGCUCCUGUACCUGCUGCACAUCGCCGUCGUCCGCCUCGACGUGCUCCGCAUACGCUCCCACUUAAAAUCACCCUCAAGCCACCGCAUCGCCGCACAGUCCCUCCUCGCCGCCGCACGCGUCAAGGCACUCGCCAGCGUCAAGUACUUCUCACCAUAA